AUGUCUCCUUAUUCGUUUGCUGUGUUUUUACUCGUGAUUAUUUCAGUUGUUUAUGCUGGACAACAGGUUUGUCCUGGUUAUGGAUUUAUUCGUCCCCCAACUAACUGUGAAUCAUCAUGUACGACUGAAAAAGAUCGAUGCCCAACAGGCAAGAAAUGUUGCUUUCGUCUAGAAGAACCCUGUGGUUUCCAUUGCAUCGUUCCCAAGAACAAUGAACCAAAAGUAGGAAAAUGUCCAACUUCUGUUUCUAUGAAAGAUAAUCCAUAUUGGGGCUUAUGUGAUGGACACUUCUGUGAUGUUGACAAUGAUUGCAAGGGUGUUGAAAAGUGUUGUUCGAACGAAUGCGGCUCUAAAAUUUGUAUUGCACCACAAUAA